AGUUCAUGUUUUUGAAAAUUUUGUACAUAUAAACGAUUAGUGAUAUCGUUAUGUCGUACAAUCUAUUAACAUGAAGUUUUAAGUUAAUUGCAUAAGAAUAAUUAUUAAUAAAAGAUGCAAAAAGGUCAUCCAACGACGCCAAAACUAAGGCGAAUUAAAAGAGUACAUAGUGCUUCUGUAUCAGACUUAUCAAAAAAGAAUACAACAGAUGGCACAACAAAUAUUUACACAGGCAGUUCUCAUCAUAGAGCAACAAUGAAUACAUCUGACUUUGCUUUACCACAAGGAAUUUCAAAAAGAAAAAUUAUAUUGGAUCGUUCAUCGAUAUUUCCUUCACAAUCAUUACCAGAAGGAUCGCGGAUAAUAGACGCAGAAUGUAGUGAUAUGGAACUGAAAUUACUUUAUGAUCAAUAUUUGCAGAAGAUCAUGUCAGAAAUCAUCGUAAAAAAGAACGCAGAGAAGUAUGAAAAAUUGUUUUUAUCUGAGUUAGCCACAAUAGCAAAGGAGUGCGAGCACAAUGAGACGAAAUUGCUGAAAUUAGAAACCAGGGAAAGGGAUAUAACUAAUUUAAUCAAAUUACAAGAUGAUAUCGAUUCACAAAUUAUAGAUGCAAAUAAUUGUAUUAAAGGGGACGAUAAUGAAAUGUUAGAAAAGAUUCUGUCUCAGUUGCAUACUCGUCUACAACCUCUGGAUGUACUUCGUUGUAAUAAUAUAGUUCUUCCCGAUACACCUGAGGAAUGGGAAGAAACAAGCAAGACAUUAAAAUCAUGUUCAGAAACUUUAAAGUCUAUCAUGAAUUUGAUUGGAACAAAAAACGAAUCGUAUCAAAAUAUCAGUAAGAAUAUUAAAGAGUUUGUGGAUACUGUUAAUAAUAUCGAAGAACACAGAAAAAGGUUAGAAAAAGAACUUUGUAAUUUGCAAGCUCUUGCAUUAAAAACUGCAUCUUUGACUCUAAUGCAAAACCAUAAUUAA